GUCGGAGAUGGAAGACGCCGCGGCCGAAUCUCCACCAGUGAUGGCCGGGGUCGAAUCGGAGCAGCCGGGGCCGAGUACGCCCGCGCCGCUACGACAGGAGGAGGGGGAUGCGUCGGCCGAAGGACUCCGGCUGGCCCACUCCCGCCUGGCGGACCUGCUCUACGCCGCGGCCGCCGCGUUGGAGGAGAUCACGCGGCUGGGGGCUGGAGGAGCAGCGCGGGUCGACGACGGCAGCCGGCGCGGGGCGACGUUUCCCGCCACCCCGACGCGGCUCGCGGUCAAAUUUCCCGCCAUCUCUACAGUACGAGCGGAGGGCGGGGCCGGCCCGCGUCACGUGUCUGCUGAGCGCCAAGCACAAGCCGUGACAUCAUCAACGCCGGCCGGCGCGUCAACAUCAGAGCGACCGGCGAUGCCAUGUGCACGGCCCGCCCACACUGUAUCAUCGGCGGGGAGCGACGGAGAGCGUUCUGCGGCCACGGACGCCGCCUUACAACAGCGUCUGCCGCCUCUUAAAGAAUUUGUCGGCGCUGACGGAGACUGGGGCGGCUUCAAGAGGCGGUUCAUCGCUCAUCAAGAGAUGGCGAACUGGUCGGACGCCGAGGCUCUACGCGCGCUGCCAGCGAUGCUGGACAACGACGCCCUGGCUACCCUCACCUCGGCGCCGAGGGAAAAGCGCGCCACUCUACACCUGGCGUUGCAGCUGCUGUCAGCCGUCUAUGGGCCGCCUUCGGACUGCAGGCAGCUGUUCCACGAUCGGAGUCGGGGCGCCAACGAGUCACCCCUGGCCUUCCGGACGGCUCUCCUGGCUCUGGCAAAGGCUGCUUUCCCAAGGAUGGACGAGGAAGGAGUGGAUGCCAUGGUGGCUGAGAAGCUGCUGCUACUCGCUGACGAGCUGGACGUCAACGUCUUGGCUCAGGACGACGCGGAGAUGUCGUCCCUGCUGGUCGCGCGCCACAUCCACGGGGGCUUGCGGUCCCUGCGUCGGAAGGCGGCAAAGGGGGCGGCCGGCCAUGCCAUGGCGACCACCGCCCUCCCAUCGGAGGAGGUCUGCGGGGUGGAGCGGCGAGGGGAAUGGAGAUCGGCGGCACCGCAGGCUCGGAAUGGACCGAGCCGCCAGGAGCAGCCCAGGUCAUCUGGGGCGCUCACACGCUGCUACAACUGUGGCCUGCAAGGCCACGUUGCGUCUGGAUGCCGGGCUCCCCGUCAGCGCGGGGCGACACCUCGUCAGGACGCCACGCCGUCUCCUCCCAAGCUCCAGCAGAGAAAUACGGUGAAACAGGAGUGACGGGUCCACACCCACCAACCCCUCCCGGAGGGGUCGGGGGUCACUCGGCAGCGACGCCUGACUCUCUUGCACCCGGACCGUCAACAACCGUCACUGAGAGUGCCAGGACGGGCCCUUGUGACGGGCCCGCCGCGCGGACGCGCGCCAAAACGCGCAGACUAUUGUGAGGUCGGCCGUUGGGGGGCCUUGCGGACAAUGGGAGGGGUGGCGUCCGGAGUGUGUGUAUAUAUGUUGGUUUUGGGGUAUUUAUUCGGGGGGGGUGCGUCGGGUUAUUUUUUUUUCCUCUCUCUCUCUCUCUCUUCCUGUUGUUGUUCUUGUUAAGGUUCUCUUGUUCUUGUUAAAAAUUACGCGAGGCACACACACGGGGUUUUUGUGAGGGAUGCACCUUUAUUCUGAUUUUUUUUUGCAGCCAGGGACGGCUGCGAGCUGUACAGGGGGGGGUGAUGUAGAGGUGUAAUUGCGCAUGGCUACGAAUGUUGAGGUGUGAUUAUGCAUGGCCACGGAUGGCCAACAAACACAAGGGGCGGGGUUACGGCCGUACACAAGGGUGGCGCUAGCACCGACGUCCGCAUGUGUAUCCCCCACGGGCCCCCCCCUCGGGGGCGAGUCCUAUAAAAGGUGAUGAGCUCGAGGGCUCGAGGUCGGGACUCAGCUUUAACCAGAGAAGACGGAAGACCAGCUAGUGUAGGCCCCAGAGCUCCCCUGGCUCGCUGUCCUUAUAAGGGCCGACCAGGGCAAGCCGGUGGCGUGGCCCCGAGAGCCCAGACGAAGCUGGUCUGGUGACUCAGGGAGCCGGGAUCCCAGCUUAACCAAGCUGGGACAGAUAGCCUCCCCUAGUCCCGUAGUGGAGGAAUUGGUAUAGGUUAGAGGGGUUAGCUGUCGAGAAUCCCUGUAGCCAAGUGACCUGUACAACUGUG